AUGUACAGAGCGCCUCUUUCAAAGCCAUCUGAUGUUAGACUCAGUGACGGAAUCAAUCAAUCAAUUGAAUCCGCAUUGGUGGUGUGGAGUCUGUGGUCAGUGUCCGGUCCGAGGGGUGUGUGGUGUCGACCGCAGCCCGACUUCGAUGACGACUUCCCGGGAAUCAAACGGUUUAAUGGGUUUGACUUCACUAUCAAACCCAUCCCUGACUUCACUAUAAAUCCUAUCACUAGGUUUACGCCUCCGACGGUUGUGGUCACUGUCAGCCCUCCCAACCCAUUCACUCUCAACUACAAUAGGAUGACACCGAGAAAACCUGGUUUACAUAUCCCUCACAAAGAGUUUGAGAUAACUAUAAAGCCGUUUACUAUGGAUAUAAAAGGCUUGGGAUUUGAUAUCACUUAUACACCGGUUCCCAAACGUUUGGAAAUGGAUUUAAAUAUGAAAAUGAAGAGACGAGACCCGAAAGUGGCCGAUAAACCGGUCAUUAUUCCGAUGAGUGAGAAAUCAGAAAACAAUGAAGUGUUACGACUCAAGCAAAUGAUCCUAACAUUGAAAUCACAGCUAAACAGUUAUGAAGAGGAGAUCUCCCGAAUGAAGGCCACCACUUGUCCGCCGCCCAUACCCUCCAAACCUAAUAACAAGUGUGCGACUAAUAAAUCCAAACGUUUGAGAACUAAAUCAAUAGAAAUUGAUUACAUUGUCACCGAAUCUGAUACUAAACUACAGGAAUUGACGCUAACGACCGCCCCAUCGCCUGUUGUGACCACCGAUGAUAUGACACCAAAACCGAUACGUCAGACAUUGAAACGACAACUAAGAAGAUCGAAGACAAAGGCUAUAAAUUACGAGUUUGGAAAAGAGGAGACACACAAUGAAAUGCAUAGAAGAGCGAAGACAAAGGCUAUGAGAGAUGAGUUUGUAAGAGCACAGGAGAAACACAAUGAAAUGCGUGUAAAUUCAGCCAUUCGUUCGGCAAAGACUUCUGCGAGAAAUAUCAAUAUUCACGCAAUUGAGACACCGAUUAAACCAUUAAUUAUUACUGAAUCUGAACAUCAUUUGACCACUUUGUCAAUUAGUAAAUCAUUGAAUACUGAGUUAAUUGAGUCGACAACUACAUCAACAGUGACUCCUAAACCUGAGACCACUUCAAUGACAACACUUGGAGAUCAAACUUCGACCACUGGAACCAUUGGAUUGUUGGCUAAACCUCUUAAGACAAUUAACUCCAAACCAAGAAUUGGUUUAUGGAGUAACAGAUUAAGGAAGAAAACUGAAGAAUUUGAACAACAGUUUGACACAAACGAAGAGACAAAAACACGGAGUGAAUCAGCGGUCGGUUCCCACAAAACUUCAUCAAAAACUAUAACAACCAAUUAUAACGAAGUGAUGGAGACAUCGACCACUCUAUCAAUUAAGGCCGAAGAAGUUACCACAGAAUCAAUUGAGAAAUCUAGUGAUUCAGAAGUAGAUUUGACUCAAAGAACGAAUAAAAUAACAGAAGCUUUGAUUCAAAAUUCAAAGACAGAAAACAUUGGGUUUGAAGACUUGAUGAGAGAAAUAAACAAUGAAUUCUUCGUUCAUUUAACCAAUAAUACGACAAUGACUUCUGAAGUGAAUCAUAACUCUAAAGGAAUCGAUAUAUCGACCACUCCUUUGCAAACAAAUACCAAAUUAGCAGAGAUUUUAAGUAAAUCAUCGAAAACUAUAGAAUUGAACACUAAUUCUGACGACAUUUCUACUGAGACAACAAAUAUUGAAAAAGAGACCAAAAUAUCGGCUAUGACUACAACUAAUGCAUUAGAAGAGAAACAUUUAACAACAGAAGGGGUGGCGACGACAGAGACAUCACAGUUACUACAAAUGACCGCAAAAUUGUUUGAAACGGACGCUAAUACCGCAGAAACGUCGGCCAAACAAUCCGUCCACAAGUCUGUGUUCGCACAAUCAUUAAGAAGAAGACACACAACACAAGAGCAGAAGACAGCGACCAAAGGUUUGAGGAGGAAAUGGUCGCGAAAACGAGUUUCCCAUCAAAACGAUGACAACACUAGUAAUGCAAGUAAUGAAAUGCAUAAUCAGAUGAAACAGUUAUCAGUCGAUGUCAAAGAGUACGACCAACAGAUACCACACCACGAGAGCAACGCUACCACUCAUGCAAAUGAUGUUAAUAAAGAAUCGGAUCUAAAAAGUCAUUUAUCGGUUGAAUUGGGCACAAAAUCAGGUGACAAUUCUCACGACCCAAACACACAAUCAAACGUUGAUUGGUUGACAAUAAAUGGGUCAGUAGUGAUCGAUUCGAGCGAAUACAAGCUUCGUUUGAAUGAAUUUAUUAAGAAACGGCUGCUGAAGAUGAGGAGCCGUUUGACGAACCAAUCGGAAGAGAUCGCACAUCAAAUAUUGGACUCAUUAAACCACACUUUUGUUUCGUCCGACAAUAAUAUGGGACAAUCGUCUCGAGUCAAGUCGACAGACGCUGCCGAUGAAUUGGCCACACAGUCAUCGGAAUUGGGGGAAACCACUCGUGAUAUACAAGUGACCAAUUCUAUCCGUUUCACUCAUUUGCGUCAUUACAACAAAUUUCUUAAGGAUAGUAUCCGAGAGUUUAAUAAAAUUUAUGCCAAUAACGCAAUGAAUGGCACCAAUGGUCGUAGUGUGGGAUCCGUUCUUGAAGUGUCUUCGUCUUCGUCGUCGUCCUCACUAUCAGAGAAACCAUCGGUUGAAUCGAUAUCUCCGGAAACGGUUGAAACAAAUGGUAUGAAUUCUUCGGCUUCCAGUCAUUGGGCAACAGAAACGGUGGCGACGCCACAGACAUCACAGUCACUACAAACGGAGGCCAAACAAUCCGUCCAUAAGUCUGUGUCCGCACAAUCAUUAAGAAGACACAAAACACAAGAGCAGAAGACAUCGGCGGAAGGUUUGAGAAGGAAAUGGUCGCGAAAACGAACUUCACAUCAAAACGAUGACAACACUAGUAAUGCAAGUAAUGAAAUGCAUAACCAGUUAUCAGUCGAUGUCAAAGGACACGACCAACAGAUGCCACACCACGAGAGCGACGCUACCACUCAUGCAAAUGAUGUCAAUAAAGACAAACAAACGGAUAUAAAAAGUCAUAUAUCGGUUGAAUUGGGCACAAAAUUAGGCGACAAUUCUCACGACACAAACACACAAUCAAAAGUUGAUUCGUUGACAAUAAAUGGUUCAGUAGUGACCGAAUCGAGUGAAUACAAGCUUCGUUUGAAUGAAUUCCUUAAGAAACGGCUGUCGAAUAUGAAGAGCCGUUUGACGAACCAAUCGGAAGAGAUCGCACAUCAAAUACUGGACUCAUUAAACCACACUUUUGUUUCGUCCGACAAUAAUAUGGGACAAUCGUCUCGAGUCAAGUCCGCAGACGCGGCCAAUGGAUUGGCCACACAGUCAUCGGAAUCGGAGGAAAUGACUCGUGAUAUACAAGUGACAAAUUCUAGUCGUUUCAAUGAUUUGCAAAAUUACAACAAGUUUCUUAAGGAUAGUAUGCGAGAGUUUAAUAAAAUUUAUGGCAAUAACGCAAUGAAUGGCACCAAUGGUCGUAGUGUGGGAUCUGUUCUCGAAGUGUCUUCGUCGUCGUCCUCUCUAUCAGAGAAACCAUCGGUUGAAUCGAUAUCUCCGGAAACGAUUGAAACAAAUGGUGUGAAUUCUUCGGCUUCCAGUCACUCGGCUUCCAGUCAUUCGGCUUCGAGUGAUUUGGCUUCGAGUGAUUCGACUUCGAGUGAUUCGGCUUCGAGUGGACGUUGGAAUCAACUGAAAAGUAAACUCAAAUCUAUGGGAAAUAAAAUGAUCAAUGAAUCCGUUAUUUUGGGCGAGAAAGUGAUGGAAACUAUUGGCAAGAAUGACGGCAAAGGAGACAUUCACACCACGAAUGAACACAACAGACAAUUGAAAUUUAAAAAAUCGUCAGCGAGACGAGGGCUCAGCCCUACCCCUGAUUCUGAAGGCGGUCUCUUAAACGCUAUGCAAUCCCGUCGUAACCUUUUUCGGAGUCAACACAACACCAAAUCAAUUGUUACCACUAAUAAAUCUGUCGAUCCUUACAAUCAGGUUAUAACUGAUAGUAAAUCAGAAACGAAUCAAUUGGCGGACAGUCCGACUACAACGACAACGACUACUUCAACAACAUCUGCAACACCGGUCGCACAAUCGGUUCCACAAUUCAACAAAUUAAGACAAUUUAUGAAAAGAACGGUUUUGAAUGUCGACCAAUCAAACGAAGCCGAACAAAGUGACGAUAAAAACAAACUUUAUUUAUCCCAUGUUAAUAUUCCCGUCGACCAGUCGGGCACUAAUGCGGCCCCCAAUAAGUCUCCUGAAGGUCCGCCAGCUAUCAACCAAAUGUUGAGUGGACUGGAGAAAGAGCGACAGGACAUUAAGAACUUGGUCGCAAAAAUCAAGGACAUUAGCCAUAACAAAGAUAACGCCCAAUUGGAGGCCGACCUCUUGGAUCGGCUCAACGCCAACGUCACCCAAAUUAGAGACCAACUGAAGAAGAAUUAUCCCAAAGAGAUGUUCGCAAGCGUUGUGAAGCCGGCGCCACACACCCAGACCACAACAGAAGUGCCCAUAAAUGUGGCCAAUGUUCCCCCACCUCUCAAAGGAAAGGUCGAGCAAUUGAUUAAGAAUGAGAGAGCUUUGGAGGAAGAGUUCGAUGAUCUCGAGGGAGACAUUCAAUGUUUGGCCCAAAUUCCUCAGUCGUCGCCAACAACAACAACUGCACCCCAAACCACACCCGCCUCACAACAAACGGCCGCAAACAGUGGCCAAAGUGUGACCACUAAGGCGUCCGCACAUAAGCCGAAGGGUUCGGCGUUCGAAGACAUUCGAUCGGUGAUCGCUCAAGAGUCACAGCAAUUGAUCCAAAGUGUGAGUCACGCGCAUGAAGUCGACGAUAUUCGGGGCAAAGCGUCCAAUCGGUCCAAGACUUCGGGACCGACGCUCACAGAACUCAAACAAUUGAUCCAAAAUGAGUCCAAAGCGCUCAUCGAUUCGGGAAAUAACGACAUUUCUAAACAAACAUCUGUUGCGCCGGUGGUCACCACAUAUGCACCCCAGACCACAUCCCAGACCACACCCGCGCACAACAACACUGACCACUCAGCGGACAAAACAUUGAAAAUGAGUGUCGCGGCCAACAAUACACAACAGGGCAUCACAACAACACCGGCACCACAUAUAUCCACAACAAUCGACCCGAAACACGCCUUAGUGCUCAACAUGUUCUUCGGCGGUCCGGCGCCACCCAAUGGCACCGCACAUGUUAUUAAGUCUACUCCCGUGGCCUCGCAGUCCAAGAUGGAGAUGUUUGGUCCCGUCAACAUGAAAGCACUGACCGCCACAACAACCACUGCCCACUCCACGACACCCGCGGCCCACACCACCGCACACCACACCAAUGCGUCUAAGGCGGAUCCCAAUCACCCGGCAAUGUCCAACAUGUUCUUUGGCGGCCCCGCGCCCGCCCUCGACGCCGGAAGUGUCAUAAAAUCGUCGGCCGUCGCCGCACAGGCGAAGAUGAGUAUGUUUGGACCCACACAACAAACUGUCACAACAACACCGGCGCCGCACAACGCGGGCCCUACAGCGGAUCCCAAUCACCCGGCAAUGCUCAACAUGUUCUUCGGCGGCCCGGCGCCCGCCCUCGACGCCGGCAGUGUCAUUAAAUCGUCGGCUGUGGCCGCACAGACCAAGAUGAUUUUGAAUCUAUUCUUCGGCGAAGUCGCGCCCUCACAACAAACAAUCACAACAACACCGGCGCCGCAAAAAGUGACGACAACACUGGACCCGAAACACCAGACCGUAUUGAACCUGUUAUUUGGCGGACACCCGCCGGCAAACGCCACGUCAACACUGGACCCGACACAGCAAACUAUUUUGAACAUGUUAUUCGGCGGACCCGCGCCGGCAAACGGCACGACAACACUGGACCCGAACCAGCAAACUAUUUUGAACCUGUUAUUUGGCGGACCCGCGCCGCCAAACGCCACGUCAACACUUGACCCGAAACAACAAACCAUUUUGAACCUGUUAUUUGGCGGACCCGCGCCGCCAAACGCCACGACAACACUUGACCCGAACCAGCAAAUCAUUUUGAACAUGUUGUUCGGCGUACCCGCGCCGGCAAACGCCACGUCAACACUGGACCCGAAACAACAAACCAUUUUGAACAUGUUAUUCGGCGGACCCGCGCCGGCAAACGGUACCGGACAUGUCAUUCCUGCGCAACAAUCAAACGCCACAACACCGGCGCCGCCAAAGGCCGGGCCAACAGUGGACCCGAACCAUCAGACCGUUUUGAACAUGUUCUUCGGCGGACCCGCACCGGCGCCCGACAACUCGAGCCAACACGUGAUCAAUUCGAGUCCAGUGGCCCAUCAGGCGAAGAUGGAUAUGUUCCCGUCCGCCACCACAACAGACGCCCACAACACAGCAGCGCUGAGCGAAGAGAUAAAGAAGAGUAAAGAAGAGUUCAAUGAUUUGUCGAAUCAAAUCAAACACUUUAUAUUCGAGAGACAAAUGCAUAAUAAGGCCGAAAACGACAACGAAUUCAAUAAUAUAAUCAAACAUUUGAAUGAAUUGAAGGAUAGGAUCCGCGCCAAGUACUCGGCAGUCGUGUCCACACCAGUCAAGCAUGAUAUCGACAAUUUGUUGCUCAAUGUACUCACGCCUAUGGUCUCGCCCUUAAGGAUACAGGACAAGGCGAUGCCCUAUAACUACCGCAACUCAAUUGACGGUUUUGAUUUGGGACUCAGAAAUGGUUUGAAUUUGGAUUUGGAUCUGAAUUUAGAUGAAGUAGACUAUGAGUCGCAUCACUACCCCAUCCAGAAGUCUACGUGGGAUUACUGGCGACCGCGCGAACGCCAACACAAUGUCUAUAAUCAGUUGUCUCAAAUAGAGAGCCAUAGAAAUGAUGGUAAAGAUGUGGCGAACGUGGGCUGCGCUGCAAACACCGAUACCAUGACUGAUACAUCAAUUGAAACGGAUAGCGAUCGCAACGUUUGGCGUAAAACAAGAGCCAAGAAAAGGAAAUCAAAUGAAAGACUAAGAAACCUAAGGAUAAGCCAAACAAAAGAGAGGCCACAGAAAUGGAUGAAUAGAUUUAACGAUAGAGAAGACGACAAUUCAUUUGAUUGGAAGAGUGAAUGGAAACCCAAACCAGAGAAUAGGAUAACCGGAAAGACGACGACAGCCAAUAAGUAUCAAGAAAUAAAUCCCAUGCAUAUGCCUGUUAUGACAAACGAUUAUCUACGUGGAUUCCAAUAA